CACGAUACCUUCCGAUAUUUUAAGUUGAAGGAAUAAAACCAAAUUUCAUCUAUGGAGGUAACUAAUGAUGUGAUAACCAAAGUUUCAACGUUCCCAUCAUUUUUGAACUAAAUAUUUGAUAAUGUCGCGAAUCGCAUAAUUUAUGACCUAAAAGUAUUACAUUUUUAUCGAAAAUCGUAAUGACGUUAGAAUGUUUGAUUCAUUGUUUCAUCGUUUCGUGUCAUUAUUUAAAUCAGUCGUCACCUGGCUCGGUUUACACAGUUUCAACAACAUCGACGUAGAAAUCUUAUACAAAUCAAAUGAUUUUAUCAUCGUCAACAAACCGGAAGACGUAUUUACAAACAAUCAUAACAAAGCAAGGCCAUCUUUAGAUGUAUUACUUGGAAAGAAAUAUCCCCAUUUGGUGAACAGCAAUUUAGAACAUGGUUUUUAUUUUGUGCACAGAUUAGACUUUGUGACCAGUGGUGUAUUAUGCAUUGCACUAAACAAACGAGCAUGUGCCAAAGCUUCAGGCGCAAUUCAAAAAAGAAUAUCCCGAAAGUAUUACAUAGCGUUGGUCAGAGGGCACGUGUCCAAAGACCAUUUGGAUUUGACUGAUUCUAUUGGGUACUGUGCAAGAGAAGCUGAAGGAAAUCGAAAAAUGUGCUCCGUGGAAGAGGUUUGUUGCACCGGGCCGCGGGACGCGCAYACCCGGCUUGUGGUGUUGGAGCGUGGCGUAUUCAUGUCAUAUCCUGCGACCAAAGUUCUGUUACAGCUCAUCACUGGCCGACGUCAUCAAAUUCGGGUGCACUGUUCAACAAUUGGCCACACAAUCGUCGGAGAUUACACAUACAGUGGUCGUAAAGACACAAUUCCUAGCCGAACGUUUCUCCAUUCAUACAGACUGGAACUAGGCAUCGAUGGCAUAAACGUCCAUACGAUCGAUCCGUUUACUAAGACUAAACUUAAUGGUUUGUGGAUCCCGGUGGAAUACAUCAACAGAGCAGAAGAUGAUUGUUUUCGAUUAUUUGAUAGCAGCAACUGAUAUUUGUGAAAUGUGACUUACGGUUUAUAAAAUUAUACUAUGUAUAAUGUAUUCAUGUUACAUGAACAUAUCAAUAUAACAACCAGUUUUAUAUUUUAAAACCUUUAAUUUUUAUGUAGCUUUAAAGACAUUGUCAUGACUUUGCUUAUUACUUCAAAUUUA